AUGUUAUCAACAUCAUCAUCUCUAAUUACAAAAGGAGGAGGAUCAAGAUCUUUACCUUCUUUUAAACAUAUAAAUAAUAAUAGCUUUAUCAGCAGUAACAGCGGAUCAUGCAACAACUUUAAACUAUAUAAUUUUACAACUGCAUUAUCAUCAUCACCAUCAAUUUAUCAACAACACCAUCAACAAAUAACCUCUUUAUUAUCAUCGACAACAUCAUUAUUGUCAUCAACAUCAUCACAAUCAAUUCAACAAUUAUGUUUUUAUUCAAACAAGAGUAAUCAUUAUAAUAGAAGAAAUUCAUAUACAAGACAACAAGAUGUUAGAGCAUCAAAGAAAAGAGAGUCCGUUAAAGAGGCUACACAAAGAGGAGAGGAGCCAGUUAAACGUCGUCACUCUAAAUUGGCACAUGAACAUACCCUUCCUCUUAGCCACGAAGAAAAGGUUGAACUAAAGAAAAAGACUAAAAAGGUUAGAAAGGAGCAAAUCAAAGCAAACAAUCAAGAACGUAUCAAACAUGUCGAACAAGUUGAAAAUGAUCAAAAAUUGGAUCAACAAAGAGAGGAAACUGAAAGAAAGUCUAGAGAUUUAAAGAAUUCAAUCAUUAAUCCACCACCAAUUCAAUUACAAAAACAACAAAAUAAUAAUAUACAACAAGAUGAAGAUGAUGAAUCUUUAUCUAGCAGUAGUUCAUCUUCAUCCUCAUCUUCAUCUUCUUCUAGUUCAUCUUCAUCAAAUUCAUCAUCAAAUGAAGAUGAUGAUCAAACAUUUGAAGAGUUUGAAAAUGAUGAUGAUUUGGAACCAGAAGAAUUUGAAGAAGAUCAAGAUGAACAGUCGGAUGAACAGUCGGAUGAAUCAUCGGAACCAUUAACAAAACCAGCCAAUUAUGAAGAAGUGAUGAAAUUUUUUGAAGAUUAUAAAGUUUCAAAGGCCAAUUUCCAAGGUACCUAUACACCAGUACCAGUAGAGGAAUUUGAUAUUUCAAAGAUUGAUCCAUCAAAGAUGAUUACUCUUUCACCGGAAAUGCUUCAAGAAUUGACCAAAGACAUUGAAGAUGAUGUUGAUGAUGACGAAUUACCACUACCACAAUUCAUCACUCACGAGGACGCAAAGAAACGUUUUGGAUUUACAGACGAUGAAUUAAAGAGUGCUGCCGCUGAAAUCUCUGAUGAAGUCUAUGAACAACUUUUGGCUCAACAACAAGUAGAGAUUGAUCAAUUAAUCUCUCAAGGCAAACACAUCAAUAUCCCACCAACCAUUGAUGAACAAAAGCCAAUCACCCAAAAACAACCACCAAUCGUCGUUGGAAAGGAUAAAAUCAUCGAUGCCAGUCUCCAAUCGGUGGAAAAGAAAAAGAAAAAAUCAUCGUCAAUGCCAUUGAUGGAAGAGGAAUUGGAAGAAGAAAAAGAAAAGGAAUCGAAAAAGGAAAAGAAAAAGAAACAACAUGAUCAAGAAAUCAAGGAAUUUGAAUCCAUGGAGGAAUUGAUCGUCUAUAAACAACAGCAACAACAACAACAAAUCAAACAAGACCCUAAAAAGAAACAUCUCUUGGAAACAAAGAAUGAAAUUACCAUUCAUGAAGUGAUGGAUGUUUUGGCUGAAACCAAAUUGGAAGAUUUCUUUGUCGUAGACAUUUCUAAAAAAUGUACCUUUACAAAAUAUCUUAUCGUUGCUAGUUCUGAUUCAAAUAGAAUCCUUGCAAAUGCUGAAGAAGAUUUAUUAACUACUUUUAAACAUAGAUUCCCAGUAGGACAUCAACCAAUUAACUCUGCAGAUGAAUCUGAUGAUUGGAGAGCAAUUGAUUUAGGAUUUUGUAUGGUUCAUUUAUUUGAAACCUCUAGAAGAGAAUACUAUGAUCUUGAAACACUUUGGGCAACUCGUCGUCCAAAUGGAACUCAAGAACAAUCUUGGGAUGAUGAAAAAACAGAUCUUAUUGGUGAAAAGGUAAUUGAUCAAAAAUAUAUUAAAGAAGAUUAA